AUGGCGGGUGACACGCAUAAGCUGCGCGAUGACGAGUUGAUAUCAACCACCGCCAUCGCCAACUCACCCGACGCGCCCAACGCGGCCUCGGAUAGUCCAACAACCAUGGCCAACGACCCUUCUGCCUCAACAACCACGGAAAAGAGGGUUAGCCGCUCCAAGUCUCGACGUCGAAGAGCCUCCGCAGUAGACGAGGAGAGCUACUCUAUCCCCGAUGCCUAUCUCAACCUCGACGAACUCGCGGCUCCUUGCCCUGUCGAAAACGUCACCGACGGCCCCGUCUACCGUCAUUCGAGCUUAGAAGUCGCACGUAGCCACGAGAGAGAGUGGCGUACAAGACGAUCACAGCAACUUCCCGAGGGGCCGUUUGAAGCAGAAGAAGCUCGCAAGGGAAAUGUGUCCCAACUUCUCACUCAACUAUACACCCUAUCAUACCUGGUCUUCUUCUCAUUGAUGGGCACGCUGGCGCGAUUGGGCCUGACGGCUCUUACUCAUUACGUCGACACUCCCGUGAUAUUCACCACAAUCUGGGCCAACUUUGGGGGCAGCCUCAUCAUGGGCUUCCUCGCUGAAGAUCGAAUGCUGUUCCGCCAUGAAUGGGGCACACCAACCUACGACCAGACUCUCGCGCGUGCAAAGGGGCGUAGUGAUGAGGAGAGCGCAUCUACGGCAGGGUCUGCGUCUGGCAUUGAUCCCGCGGCCGCAAAGAAAGAACACCUUGCGACCAAAAAGACGAUACCUCUGUACAUUGGGUUGGCGACUGGUUUUUGCGGGAGUUUUACCAGCUUUUCAUCCUUUAUCCGCGAUGUUUUCCUGGCCAUGUCGAAUGACAUUGUCGAGCCGGGAUUUGGGACCGAGGCUCAAAGUCGAAACGGGGGUUACUCGUUCAUGGCCAUGUUGGCAGUCAUCAUCACCACCGUGGGACUGUCGUUGGCAGCGCUAGUCUUUGGUGCGCACCUUGCCAUCGCAACGGAGCGCAUGAUCCCUUCGAUACCCUACCCGAUUACACGAAGAGUCCUGGAUCCUCUGUUUGUCCUGCUGGGAUGGGGAUGCUGGCUUGGUGCCGUACUCAUGUCCAUCUUCCCUCCGCAUGAUCAGUGGCGUGGGAAAGCCACAUUUGCCCUGGUGUUCGCGCCUCUUGGGUGCUUGGCGAGAUUCUACCUCGCAAUCUACUUGAAUGGUAAAGUCGCCGCGUUUCCUCUGGGGACGUUUGCCGCCAACGUCAUGGGCACGGCUGUACUGGGCAUGGCAUGGGAUAUCGCCCACGUUCAGAGCGGCGGCAUUAUUGGAUGUCAGGUUCUGCAAGGUGUGGAGGAUGGAUUCUGCGGCUGCUUAACGACGGUGUCGACGUGGGUCGCGGAGCUGAACAGUUUGAGGAGGAGAAAUGCCUACGUAUAUGGCGCGACGAGUAUCGUCGUCUCAUUCGCCGUCAUGGUGCUGAUUAUGGGAGGGUUAAGAUGGACCGACGGCUGGUCUGUCUUGAUGUGCUAG